AUGCCACCGCGAAAAGACGCUUCUUCCUCGGAUGAAAUGUCAUCAACUUCAAAUGACCAAUUAAACCAACUGAUUACCAUCACCACAAAUUCUGCAAACAACCAAGCCAACCUUAACACCCAAAUUGCAGCAUUAGUCCAAGCCACAACCAACCUCAACGCCAAACUUGAUGCCCAAACCGAAAACACAGCCCGGCUCAUUAAUCAGGUCACCAGACUCACUGACCGUUCCACUUCUGAAUCCGACGAAGAAGAGCCUACCCGUCACCACGUUAACCGCGACCAACCACGCAACCCAAGACCACCUAAAAUUCAACUCCCCAAUUUUGAUGGCUCACAUCCUUUAGGGUGGAUAUUUCAAGCAGAAAACUAUUUCACAUAUUAUCAAAUUCCACCACAAGAAAGAGUCACCCUCACAGCAUUUCACUUCGUGGGCGAUGCAUUAACAUGGUACCAAAACCAAUCUUCAAAUGGCCUACUUGGAAACUGGACGGCAUUUAAACGAUCCGUUGAACUUCGCUUCGGCCCAUCAACAUUUGACAAUCAUGAGGCUGCCUUAUUUAAACUUCAUCAACAAGCAACGGUGACGGAAUACCAAACCGAAUUCGAACGUCUCAACAAUCGUAUUACAGGUCUCUCAGCCCAAACAUUACUCAAUUGUUUUAUUUCUGGGCUUAAACCUGAGAUACAGGCCGAAUUAGCUAUCAUUAAGCCCAAUACCUUUGAAGCAGCAUGUGGCCUAGCUAGACGUGUUGAGGAUAAAUUCAACCAUUUAUUCAAAUACAAAUCACCUUAUGCAACAAAAUCUUAUUCUACAACAAACUUCUCCAUAAACCCGAUAUCCACUCCUAUUUCCACGUCCCUAGCACCCACCACCAAUUUCACAAAACCCACGACUACAACACCACCUGUAAUGACUACACCACCAUUAAUGUCGUCGCCACCCAAACCCUUACCAUUAACUAAACUAUCACCUGAAGCUAUACAACUACGUCGAAAAGAAGGUUUGUGUUUUCGAUGCCCCGAAAAGUUCUUUCCUGGCCACAAAUGUUCACCUCCACAAUUCUUGCUGAUUGUGGAUAAUGAUGAUCAGAUCCUUUCUCAAAACGAACCCCCCGAUCCACAGGAAACAAAAACAGCAACCCCACAAUUCAUGUCUUUAUCUGAUGCGGCCUAUUUUGGUAUGUCCUCACUACAAACUCUUCGUAUCACAGGAUACAUCAACGGCAGUCCAGUCACAGUUUUGGUAGAUUGUGGUAGUACCCACAAUAUAAUACAACCACGAAUUGUAUCAAGGUUGGACCUCCCAAAAAAACCGCUACAACCCUUUGCGGUUAUGGUUGGUAACGGUCAAAACAUUCACUGCCAAGGGCACUGUCAAGACGUCCCAUUACAACUUCAAAAAGCAGAUUUUCAAAUUCUAUUUUUCGUUUUUCCAGUACAAGGAGCCGAUGUGGUCCUUGGUAUCGCUUGGUUGGGGACCCUUGGACCAAUUAUUGCUGACUUCUCCAUACCAAAAAUAUCCUUUACCAUCAAUGGUAAUUCCAUCACCCUAACAGGAGAACCCAUGAACAAACAGGUACUUUCAAGCUCCUUAUCUUCUAUGCUUCGCCAUGGGUCAAUUGAUUCACUUCAUGCCUUACUUUUGGAACCCUCCAGCAACACCACAGAUUCAUUAACCAAUUCCGACCCUCUCAUCACCAACUUACUGAAUGAAUUUCAAACUGUUUUUGCUACACCACAUACAUUACCACCUUCACGACCCCAUGACCACCAGAUACCCCUACUCAAUGACAACAAACCAGUAAAUGUGAAGCCAUACCGAUACCCUCAUUUUCAGAAAAAAGUAAUGACCCAAUUGAUUGACGAGAUGCUGCGCGAUGGAAUCAUACAACCUAGUCAAAGCCCGUUCUCCUCACCGGUUUUAUUAGUGAAGAAAAAGGAUGGUACCUGGCGUUUUUGUGUAGACUACCAAGCUCUAAACGCAGUCACCAUUCGUGAUCGUUUUCCAAUCCCAACUAUUGAUGAGCUCUUAGACGAACUUAAUGGUGCAAACAUCUUCUCUAAAAUUGACCUCCGUUCGGGCUAG